AUCCAAUUUGGGAUGCUUUUAAAAAGACUGGAUUGCAUGAUUUAAAGACAAGACAAUACCCCAUUCAAUGCAAUUACUGUAAUAAAGAUUUUGAUAGAAGAGUUGAUGCAAUAUAUAUUCAUAUAAUUGAUCAUUGUAAAGAUAUUCUGCAACCUAAUAGAUUUAAAUUUAUUGAAUUACAAGCUAAAAAAACUACAGCCUCUUGUAUUAAAAGUAAAAGCAUAGAUAAUGAUGAUCAAGAUUCAGAUUCUUUAAAGUUUUGUAAAGAUUUAAUAUUAAUUUUUGAUGGCUGGACAACUAUUUCAAAUAGUUCUGUUUAUGCAUUUUUUGCUAUAACUAGUUAUGGUGAUAUUCAUAUGUUGGGUUUAGAAGAAUUUGAAAAUCAAUGUCAUACAAGUAAAAAUAUUGCAAAUAUAACUAUAAAGACAAUUAAUAAAAUUGGAUUAAAUAUAGAACAAUUUAGUUGGAUUGUAACUGAUAGCCCAAAU